AUGGUGAAGUCUUUAUUGAUGCUGAUGCUGCUUCCUCAUGUGGCAUGCAAAAUACAUCCAGUGAAGUGCACUGGGGAUAACCCUCUUCAGAUCCCGCACCAGUGGUACCAGCCAGGGGAAAUUCUUAUUGGUGAGAUUUCAACUCAUAUUGCUUUCCUGUCCCAUGACACUUCUUUCAAAAAGCACCCAUCUGAGGACUUUAUUCCCCUUUCAGGUGUGAUGAGCAAGUUUUACCAGCACAUUCUGGCCUUAGUGUUUGCUAUCGAAGAAAUCAAUCAGAACCCUGACAUCUUGCCCAAUGUCACCCUGGGCUUCUACAUCUAUGACAGCUACAUGAAUAAAAAAUGGACUUAUCGGACCAUUCUUGACCUGCUCUUCCAAUCAGAUGGCUUUUCCCCCAACUUCAAGUGUGGCAUCCAAAAAUAUGUCAUUGGGGUCAUUGGAGGGCUUGGCUUUGAAACAUCCUCCUACAUGGCUGACAUUUUAAGUAUUUACAAGAUACCACAGAUUUCAUUUGGUUCAUUUAAAUCAAAUGUGAAUGACUCAGCCCAUUUCCCUUCAUUUUACCGCAUGGUCCCCAAUGAAGCCCUUCAGUAUAUUGGAAUUGUCCAGUUGCUUGUCCAUUUCAAAUGGAAAUGGGUUGGGUUCGUCACUCCCGACGAUGAAGGUGGAGAACAGUUCUUGCAGAACUUGGAGCCAAUGCUUUCUAGAAGUGGAAUCUGUUUGCACCCAUUUCUUCAGAGGAUUUCAUUCAACAACAGUGCUGGAGAUAAAAUUGCGUUCAAUGAUAAUGGAAGAUUGGUAGCUGGGUUUGACUUGACCAACUUGGUAACUUUCCCAAAUAACUCCUAUAUCCGAGUCAAAGUUGGGAAGUUGGAUUCUCAGAGUCUUCCAGGAAAAGAGCUCACCAUUCAUGAGGACAGAAUUGAGUGGCACGGGUACCUCAGUCAGACGCCUCCCUUUUCUCUGUGUAAUGACAAGUGCUACCCUGGCAAUAGCAGAAAAAUGAAGGAGGGAGAGAAAUCUUGCUGUUAUGAUUGUGUUCUGUGUCCAGAAGGGAAGAUGUCGGACCAGGAAGAUAUGGAUUCUUGUAUCACUUGCUCAGAGGGUUACUUUCCAAACAAAUUCCAAGAUCAAUGCAUCCCCAAGCUUCCAAGUUUCCUUUCCUUUGAAGAUCCUUUGAGCAUUGUUUUAGCAUUUAUGGCUCUUUUCUUUUCUCUGAUCACAGCUAUGGUGCUUGCAAUUUUCAUCAAGUAUCAGGACACCCCCAUAGUCAAAGCCAACAACCGGAGCCUCACAUACAUUCUUCUUGUCUCCCUUUUCCUUUGCUUCCUCUGCUCUCUGCUCUUCAUUGGACAGCCUAACCAGGUGACCUGCCUCCUCCGACAAACAGCUUUUGGCAUCAUCUUCUCUGUUGCGGUAUCUUCGGUGUUAGCAAAAACCGUUACAGUGGUGGUGGCUUUUGUGGCCUCCAAGACAGGAAACAUUUUCCGGAAGUGGGUGGGGAAAAGUUUGGCACAUUCUAUUGUCAUUUCCUGCUCCUCCAUUCAAAUCGGCAUUUGUGCUCUUUGGUUGGCUGCUUAUCCUCCAUUCCCAGAUUUGGAUAUGCACUCACUGACUGCAGAAAUUAUAGUACAGUGCAAUGAAGGCUCAGUCACCCUGUUUUAUUGUCUCUUUGGCUAUAUGGGCUUCCUGGCCAUUGUCUGCUUCACUUUGGCUUUCUUAGCCAGAAAAUUGCCUGACACUUUUAAUGAAGCCAAGUUCAUCACCUUCAGCAUGUUGGUCUUUUGCAGUGUUUGGCUUUCCUUCCUUCCAACUUACUUGAGCACAAAAGGGAGAGGCAUGGUGGUUGUGGAGAUCUUCUCCAUCUUGGCUUCCAGUGCUGGGUUAUUGGGCUGCAUCUUUUUGCCCAAAUGUUACAUCCUAAUAGUGAGGCCUGAAAUGAACAUCAGAGGGCAUUUGAGAAGAAAACAAAUUCCUGUCCAUAAUAAUUAA